GCCAUCCUUUUCAUUUUUUCUCUCCUUUCUCUUGGCCUUACCCUUACCCCCGGGGGAUUCACCUUCCUUGUCUCUAUAAAUCUGCCACCCUGCUCUACUCGAGUUUCUCCCUCUUCCAAAGGUUCUACCUCUUCGGCAUUGGGGUUUGAGAAAAACCGCAAAAAAGAAAUAAUAAACAAACAGGCUAUGUGAACAGUUAGUGGCACUGCAUGUGCUCAGGAAUCACAAACAGUUUUUGCUUUACAAUGCUAAUAGCCCCACCGUCCAUCCAUUAUACUUGCACUCUCUAAAUAUAAAUCACCUCUCUUCUCAGUGUCUGUUUAUCUCUCCCCAUUCCUUCUCCUUUUUCUAUCCUCUUCCUUAUUUUGAUAUCUCAUUCUCCAUUGAUAGACAUGGGUGAAGAGGCUAAACAGGAACAAGCUAAGGCAGAGGAGAAGCAGCAGGAGACAGCAGAGGGGAAGAAAGAAGAGAAAGCAGAGGAGAAAAAGGCAGAGGAGGAGGAGAAGAAGGAAGAGCCAAAGCCACCUUCUCCAUUUGUCUUGUACGUGGACUUGCAUUGUGUUGGAUGUGCCAAGAAGAUCGAGAAAUCCAUAAUGAAAAUUAGAGGAGUGGAGGGGGUUGUGAUAGACAUGGAUAAAAACGAAGUGACAAUAAAGGGAAUAGUGGAGCCUCAAGCAGUGUGCACAAAAAUAAUGAAGAGGACAAAAAGAAGUGCAAAAGUCCUAUCCCCAUUACCAGCAUCUGAGGGUGAACCCUUACCAGAAGUUGUGGCUUCACAGGUUAGUGGAUUAAUAGCAGUGGAACUCAAUGUAAACAUGCACUGUGAGGCCUGUGCUGAGCAACUUAAGAGGAAGAUCCUCCAAAUGAGAGGAGUUCAAACAGCCGUGACAGAGCUGAGUACUGGGAAGGUCAUGGUCACUGGGACCAUGGACGGAGACAAGCUUGUCGAUUAUGUUUAUAGACGGACCAAAAAGCAAGCUCGAAUUGUACCUCAGCCAGAGCCUGAACCGGAGAAGAAAGAAGAGAAUAAGGAAGCUGAGAAGCCAGCAGAAGAAGCAAAACCAGAAGAAAAGAAAGAAGAAGAAAAACCAGCAGAAGAAGCUAAAAAAGAAGAAGGUAAUAACAAUGGUGAAAGCACUGAGAAUAAAGAAGAAAAGGGUGGCGGUGAGGAAAGCAAAGAAGAGGGCAAGAAGGAGGGUGGAGAAAAUGGCAACAAUAUUGAUGAGGAAGGCAUGAAGAGGAUGAUGUACUACUACCAGCCACUCUAUGUCAUUGAACGAAUCCCACCUCCUCAGCUCUUCAGUGAUGAGAACCCCAAUGCAUGCUGCAUUUCAUAAUAUUAUGAUCGAAAAUUAUCAUAAUAUCAAAAAAUGUUAUUACAAUGUAAAAUUUUCAGAAAGUUUGGUGGGAGGUACGUGUCAAAUGGAAUUAGAUGCAAAUUGAUUAAUAAUAUAAAUCAUUCUGUAUCGAUCAUUGUACUAUAGUUCAAAUAUAUGCAUAUUAUAUAUAUGAUCCACAUUCAACCAUGUAAUAAGAAUAUUCUCAGUCCAAAUUUGGGUC